UGGGUGGGGGCCAACUUCACGCAGGUGAUAUUUUAAGUAUAAAAAAAACAAUGGAAACUUUUUUUUUUUACCCGAUGUGUACCGUACAAGGUUAUUCAUAUCAACCUCUAAACUAGACAUUCUCCCGUGUGUUAAUGAUUCCGAGGAUGUGUUUUCAGGUGUACUGCAGCUUUAAGUGAGCUCUCCAUGGUAAGUAGGAAGCGUGGCUGUUCGAGAGCGUGCAUUUUCUGCGCGCGCGCCAGUGUCGUACAGAGACAGAAAAACAAUCAUUUAUAUAACAAUUUAGCAAAGUGUCUUCGAAACUACGAUCACCGGCACAUGACCGCGAGAGUCCGAGGAGUCCCCGGACCUGCACGUGACUGACUCACCUGCUCGACUCACCGCGCGGAGAAGGUAAAAGAGAAGAAUGUUACGAGGUCACAGAUAGAGGUCCCAAGCCCCACCUUCCCCCUAAUCUGUCAUUCUAUAAUGUUUCUGAAAACGGUUCCUCCUGUGGUGGCAGUUCACUCAGAAUGGAGGUCCGGUAAGAGCUUGAGCCUGCCACUUUGCUUCAAUGAUAGUGCUUCAGACAGUGACUUUGUAUCUUCCAGCGGAACCCCCAUCCCGCACAAAGUCCAGAUGAUCAUUGACAGCCUCUGCAGCACACAGUCCUCAGAUAUGAGCAAUGAGGUCAACGCUAGUUCCCAGUCUGCCCUCAACCUGCCCAAGUCGUCAUGUGGAGGCCACAAGUCUUGUCACAUGGACACACUAGCAAGGUCUCGACGAGCAGCGACAGACAGCAGUAAGCUUCAUGCAUAUGGCUCUGAUGCCACUGAAGGUUCCGACAGCGACGAUUCAGUAGAUCGAGGGAUCGAGGAGGCCAUCCAGGAGUACCUGAAGGAGAAAGUGGACCACCAGCAUAAAAGGGAGCCAAUGGAGAGCCCAAUACAGACACCUAAAAUUGAGCAGGGAGGCAUUUGUAUUCCAGACGUACCUACACAGCUCAUGCAUUCCACCAAGGUACUAAGCACUAGCAACCAUACCCUGAAAGGUUCAAAAGGAAUCCAGCCAUUGGUAACCUUGAAGAAAAAGAAAAAAACAAUCAACGAGAACCCAGUUGGAAAAACAGGUGCUGCUAAAGCCUUGCCUACAAAAGCUCUGGCUUCCUCUGGAACACCUUUCUGUUUGCCACAAGUGGAUUGUACACCACCUUCACUCAGAAUAAAGGUGGAGGAGGAAGAUUUAAUGGAUUCAAGCAGUGAUGAUGGCAUCGAAGAGGCCAUACAGAAAUUUCAGCAAGAAGAGAAGGAGCGUAACGAGGGCUUGAGGUACUUUCAGCUGAAGGAGGUACUGGACUCUAGUAGUGAUGAUGGCAUUGAGGAGGCCAUCCGGAACUACCAACAGGAACAGCAGAAGGACAAAGAACACAAACUUCACCCAAAGCAAAGUUGUUUGAUGUCUGAUCGCAUCAGUGUUAAACCUUUAAAAAAACUAGCUAAGAAGAAAAACAAAAAGAAAAAUGCAGUGGAACCUAAAGAAAUGAAGUGUGCUUCACCUAAACCUGUAGGCCUCUCUCUCAGCAUGUUGCCUACAUGUUGCCUGAGGGCCAGUGAAGAUCCACUGUGCACCACUAGAGCCGAAGAGCCACAGGAUGGGCGGCAGAUUCACUCCACACUCACUGUCAACACUACUGCCGAGCUGAUGUGUGCUGAGGCCAUCUUGGACAUCUCCAAGACUGUCAUGCCAGUAGCAUUUGAGCCCACCUUGGACCUAGCCUGUACCCCUGCAACAGAGACUCCAUCUUUCCUUCCCACUGGUGUUUCACUACAGCAGUAUGAAAAGAGUGACGAGAGCUCUGUGGACAGCGAGGAUGGAAUUGAGCAAGAGAUUCGUAAAUUUCUGGAGCUUAAAGCAAAGCUGCAUGAACAGGCAACCACAACUGACUACUCUGGAGUAUCCACAGUCUCUAAAGCCACACAGCACAUUAAAGUUGAGGAGGAUCAGAACAAAGUACUGAGACUGUCCUUCUCACGUAAAAGGAAACGGAAAGAAGAAGCUAGCACGAGAUGUAAACCAGGAAUUGCUGGUAAUACCAUCAAAGAGGAGCCUCAAACCAAGCCCGUAACCCAGAGUGAUUUUUCUCCUGUUACGUGGCACACCUGUAGCCCAAAUACAGUAAAGAACAGCAACCCUACACAGAACUCUCCCCAGCAUAGCAUUACCGAAGGAUUCACAUCCAUGAACAAGGGUUCCAGCUGUGGAACCAGCCCCCCAAAGUCUUUUAUUGGCUCUGAGAGGAAUUACAGCAGUGACAAGAGUAGCUCGUUGGACAGUGAUGAGGAUCUUGAUGCAGCAAUAAAAGAUUUGCUCAAGACGAAGAAAAAAGUGAAAAAGAAAGUCCGGGACAUGAAACUCAAGGCAGGAAAGAGCCAUAAACCCAUGCAACUACCAGGAACUGACGCCUUAAAAAAACACAAAUCUGUCAAGGAUCAAAAAUUGGUUCUUGCGGCUAAACCCACAAAACCCAAUACUAUAAAAAGCAGUAAAGGGCUGAUGGGCAUACCCAGACAGGACAAAGGUGCUAAACCUAAAGUUUUGAAGUCACAGAAGAACAUCAAGAAACCUAAAGUCUUAACAAAGGACGAUCAGGGCUCUGGACACAAGAUAGCAGUCCAUGACGUCCAGUCUACACAUGUCGAUGAGGACAGCAGCUCAGUAGACAGCGAUGACAGCAUUGAACAAGAGAUCCGUAGGUUCUUGGCUGAGAAAGCAAAAGGGUCUUCUACACCAGUGACCACACUGAAGCAGGAUAACGUUGGAGGCGAAGAAGAAGCUGCCUUUGGUGCAUUUGCAGAGAAAAAUGUCAAAAUAGAGGAGCUUCAGACAAAGUGUUCUGAUCUCAAAAGGGCUUCAUUGAGCGUGGACCCAAAUCAGGACGAGCAAACACAGGGCACUGCCGUGAACAUUAAGGGACCAGAUUCCUCAUUUGCCAGCUAUUGCAGUUUGGAAGAGGAUAGGACCGGUGAUCAAUUGCAUGAGAGGACUUUGCAUGAGUGUAGGAAUAUCAGCUUAGACACAGACAAGGAUUGGGCUCAAAAGGUAACAGGAAAGUUCAUAGACAGAACAGAUUCUGAACCAUUUGUUCUUAAUGUAGCUGGCCCACAGGAGCCCAAGGGUGAAGCGCAGCAUCAGAACUUGUUCCUGAUGAAGCACGAUAACUGCAGUAUAAGUACAGCUAGGGAAGAUUCUUCAGCAGACCUGUCUAGCAGCUUGCAGAACAGGUGUAGAAUUCCUCUUAUAGAGGUUAUCAGCACUGUGUGUCCCUCUACCCCCACAAUAGGGAAACACUUUAUUAGUUCCUCUUCAGAGGUUCUCAUGGUUGCCAAGGAAGAUUGCCAGGAAAGUCCUGCUGAGAGCAGGUCGGAUUCAGUCGACCUGUACAGUUGGGAAAGGAAAGGACAAUGGGACCAGCCACCUAAACUGACCUCCAACACCAGACACACAUCCUCAAACCCUGCGCACCUAUCCCGGCACCUGCCUCCUUACCCCUCUCAUCUUUCAUGUGUCCCCCUGCCCCUUGCCCUAUCCCAGCCACGUUCUGGUGCUAGCUUGGUGCACCUCCGCAGAGAUCAGCCCUCAGUUGUAGCUCUGUCAGCUCACAAGUCCACUCACCUGCAGCUUAGAAAUGCACAGAAAGAUACCAGAAAAAUGAGUGAAGGGAGGGAGGAGGAGCAGGAGAGGUGCAUAGAUGAGACAGAUGUAGAAUCAGGUGAAGAGAGGACAGAUAAGAGACAGCAGCAAUGCAACCAAAAAGAACAGACCUUCUUGAAGACUUCAUGAUUACAGUGACAAAAGAAUUUAAAAAAAAAAAAAAAAAAGUGAAUGUGCUUUCUGUAACACACAUUUGCUUUAUCAAGAAUUGACAGUAGUAGUUAAUUUUGUUAAGAAUCUUUAGCACAAAAUGAAAUGCUAUAGAAUCGGUGCCUGUGGGGCUGAGGUUUAUCUCCUUUAGAUUCGUUACCAUCUCACCUUCUUAAUUCCUGUACAAUGCUUGAGUUCCCCUGGCCUUCACUUGGAGAACCCCUAAGUGUGCAAACACUAACAUUUCUGCAGGUCUGACAUGCACCUGAUUCAGCACAAGCAAGAACCAUGAGCUGUUUGAAUUGAAUCAGGCUGUGCUAUGAUCAUGCCUAUUAUUUAUAUAUAUAUUGGAAGCCCCCUCUGCACUACACGUGUUUGUUCACUGUUAUAACACACCCUAUCUCCUGUGGUAUUUUUUUAAAAGCUUUUAAUGAAUUCCCUGAGAACCACUGCAUUAAUGCAGAGAAAAGUCAAAUAGGUUUCUACCUCAGCACUUUUAUUCUUCUUGCUCGAUCAAAUUAGUACGAUGGUAGACUUAGGUGGUGUCAACGUUUUCAUAUUGACAUCCUGUCCAUCAAAAAUACUGGGGUGAAGGUUUUACCUGUCAUAGUCCCUCUCUUUAAUUCAAUUUGAAAUCAGACAGUGUCUCUCCAUACCACACGGGGGUGCUACAGGUUUAGCACAAGCUGGGCUACUGUAACAGCGACGCAAACCCCUGCAUGGUUUCAUGGCUGUUUAUAUCGUGACUUGAACAGUCAGUUGUCAUGUUUCGUUCAUAUACAUUUACACAACUUGAGGACGAACGUACCAUGAAAUUGUUCAUACUAUUUUUUUUUUUUUUUUGCACUGCUUACAAAUUGUGCCAUCUGAUUGUUAAUAUUCUUAUUUCUCUAAUGAAACAUCGCUGUAGAUUACUUCAGACCGGUUAUAACCCAGCCAUUCCUUUCAUUUUGUUUCUCAUACAUGGAGAAGUGCUAAGUUAGUUUAUUUCUAAUUCAGCCUAGGCUUUCCAUAUUCGGUUUAAAUUUUUCAGUGGUUUUAAGGAAACCGGUUCAGCAUGAAAUAAACUCUGCUUAUUUUACGGACAGUAACACCCCAUUAAAUGACAUUUCCUUUGUCAGCUGAUCCAAGUGUACAUUAAGAAGGCCCUUGAAACAAAAAAUUACAGAAGGGGUGUUUUGACCCAAACCACAGAUGUGAUUUUAAACUUUGCUUUUAUAUGACCUGUUUUGGUUUCUUUCAUGGAAAGCAUGGUGGUGCAGUAGGUUGUCUUGCUGUCCCUCAUAGGAUCCUUAGCUCAGGUUACUGUCUGAUCUCCCUGUAUCCAUGUGGGUUUUCUCCAGGUUAUCUUGUUUCCUCCCACCUCCCAAAAAGCAUGCCGGUAGAUGAAUUGGCUAUGCUAAAUUGCCCCUAGGUGAAUCAGUGUGCAAAUGUGUGCGCUCGCUGGACUGGGAUCUCAUUCAGGGCGUAUUCCUGCCUCAUGCUCACUGGAAUAGGCUCUGGAUCGAGCAUGUUCCUGACCAGAAUGACUGAAAAAUCUUGAAUGAAUGAAGGUUCCUUUCACACUUUUAAGUAUGUAGAACUAUUUUCACAACAUUGCUGAUAUUUCAUCACAUUUUAUCAAUGAAUUCAGAGGAACGCACAGAAGAGGAAUGGAUAUAUAUCUCUGUAACUUUUUUUUUUUUUCUCCAUACCUUCGUUUUGUUGAGAUGUUUUCUUGUUAUUCUUGUAUUUCAGAUGGUAUAUAUCUAUGCUAACGUGGUUUGAAGUCAUGAAAAUGUUUACUGGCAUUCAAAAUGCAGAGACGGAAUCAUUUUUUCUAGCUUACAUGCUUCUGCUUUUAAGAAAUUGACCUGGGUUGGACCCUGCAUACAUUAUUUGUUGUUGUGUUUUUUUUGUUUGUUUUUUUAAAUCUCUGUCCUUGUUCCCUUAGUUAAUGGCCCCAUGUGUGCCACAUCAAUAUUGUGUGAUCGGAUCAUGAUUAGCUAGCAUUUGACCAUAUUAAAAAGAUGUAAAUGCACAAAUACGCAUUAUAACAGCUAGAGGUCAUCUGGUGCAGACUGUGAUCAGACUUCGGGGAGGUGUAAAUACAGUCUGUACAGUGUGAUCCUAUCAGACUGACCUUAAGCAGACAUAUGUACUGGUGGGAUAUGUCAUGAAAAUAUUUUAAAUAUAGCAAAGGACCCAGAAAGGAUGACUAGUAAUAUCUGCUAGUAAUUUCUGCUAUCAUAGCUUGGCUCUUAACAGCCAGUUUCAAAGAUGACAUUUUCCUCAGUUGAGGAAAAUUAUUAAUAAUAAUAAUAAUAAGAAGAAGAAUCUCUGUAUCAGUAAUCUCUGUACCAAAUUCCUGCCCCUGUGACAGGACGAACAUCCCAGCCUCUUGUAUAGUGUGUGGGAGAUGUGUACAGUUUGGAUCACAAGAAUACACAUAAAUACGAGAUGAGAUCAGAGCAAUUGUUGCCCGUAUAUGAAUAUAGAGACACAGAUCAUAUGUUAAUGUUAAUGCAAGGUGUAACAUGGGCAUUUGUUUCCUUUUUGUGUGUCGACUGAUUUUGUGUAUGCAUUUUACAAUGUAAGAAAAAUGUUAUUUAUUUUAAUUUUGUAGAUGUGAAGGAUACUCUACUGGGCUGUGUCAUCUUUCACUGUUUUUGCAUAAAAAUUUAGCUUUUUUUUUUUUUUUGUCCAGCUUUUUCAUUCAGAGGCCAGAUACACCAAGUGUCUUAAAAUGUAAUAAAAAGUGAUGCUCAAACAUCUGCCUGUAGAUCUGUGUGUAGGGCUGCGUUAUUAGCAUUUUAGUUAUGAUUUUGGGUUUACUAACACCUACUAAUAUCACGAGCUUAGAUGGUGCAUUAAAGCACAAGCUCCCCAUACAAUAUGUUUUUGACAAAUCCUUCAUCAGCAAGGUGCUUCUGAAGCUGUAGGAGGUGACACCACUUGAUGAACCACUUUUGGUUGAAGCAUCCUGUUUCGUCUGUGAAAAACUGUCUUUAUUGUUUAGUGUUUUGGUCUUUUGUCAAAGAAAUGCACAAAAAUACUCUGCUCUUAUGGAUAGCAAACAAUUGCAAACAAACACAGGUUUAUCAAAAAAAAAAAAAUUUUUGUUAAAUAGUGUGCAAGAAUUAUUGGCACCCUUUUAGUCAAUACUCUGUGCUACCUCCCUUCGCCAAGAUAACAGCUCUGAGUCUUCUCUUAUAAUGACUGAUGAGGUUGGAGAGUAUUGAUGUAUGGCUUCUACUUUGUAUAGUAAAGCCUUAACUUGCAUCUGUGGAUGCAGCGGCGAGUGGUGUCGACUGACAAAGGUUUACCAAAGUAUUCCCGAGCCCAUGUCAGGAUCUCCAUUCCAGAUUCAUGACGGUUUUAAGACAGUGACGUCUGAGGGAUCGGAGAUCACGUGCGUUCAGAAGUGGUCUUUACGCACCAAGAUUUGACCGGAUUCCUUUAAUCUUUUAAUUAUAAUUAUACUAUGAUUACACGAUUGCUUCACCUGUUUCACAUUACCUUCUUAUUUCAACUUGUCACAUGGCUAUUAAUCCUGAAUUGCCCCUGUCCCAACUUUUUUGGAACAUGUUGCAUGCAUCAGUUUCAAAAUAAACGUUUAUCUUAAAAAAAAACAACUAUGCGCUUGAUUAGGUAAAACAUCAAAUACCUCGUCUUUAUGUUUUCUGUUUAAAUACAACUCAAAGUACAUUUACACAUCACUCCUCUUUGUUUUUAUUUGCAUUUUCCAUACUGUCCCAACUUUUUGGGAAUUGGGGUUCUAUAUUUUUCUCAUAUGAAUUCACAGGGGUGCUAAUAAUUGUGCCCACAUAUUUAACAAAGAUUUUUUUUUUUAUAAGCCUGCAUUGUGUUUGCAAUUGAUAUCCGUAAGAGCAGAGUAUUUUUGUGAUUUUUUAAAUUUUUUUUAUAAAAGAUCAAAAGGUUAAUAAAGACAAUUCUUCACAGCCUUCUUUGCUCAUAUUUACAAGAGUGUCAAUAUUAGUGGAGGGCACUCUUUAUAUAUAUAUUAUAUAUAAAUAACACACACACACACACACACUGUCCACUUUAAUAGGAACACCUGUACUCCUGCUCAUUUAUUCAGUUGAUCAGCUAAUCAUAUGGCAGCAGCACAAUUCAUAAAACCAUGCAGAUCCAGGUCAAGAGCUUAUGCUAAUCUCUGCGACUUUAACUGUGGCAUGGUUGUCGGUGUCAGCUGGGCAUAUUUGAGUAUUUCAGAAACUGCUGAUCUGGUGUCUUCACACACAACAGUCUCUAGAGCUUACACAGAAUGGUGCAAAGAAGAGAAAACAUUGUGAGAGCGGGAGUUCUGUGGGUAGAACCGAUCGAAUUCUUGUUGAGACAAGAGGUCAGAGGAAAAUGGGCAGAUUGGUUUAAUCUAACAGGAAGGUUAUAGUAACUCAAAUAAUCAUUCUUUACAACUGUAUUGAGCAGAAAAGCAUCUUAGCAUACACAGAACAUCUAACCUUGAGCUAACAGAAGACCACAUUGGGCUCUAAUCCUGUCAGCCAAGAACUGGAAUCUGAGGCUAUUAUUGGCAUAGACUCAACGAAACUGGACAGUUUCUGAAAUACUCAGACCAGCUGAUCUGCCACGGUUAAAGUCACAGCUCACAGUCCCCCCCCCCCCCCUCCAUUCUGACAUUUGAUGUGAACAUUAACUGAAGGUUUUGACCUGCAUUUGCAUGAUUUUAUGCAUUGUGCUGCUGCCACCUGAUUGGCUGAUUGGAUAACUGCAUAAAUGAGCUGGUAAACAGAUGUUCCUAUUAAAGUGGACGAUCAGUGUAUAUACAGUAAACGCACACAGUGGGGUUCAUAAGUCUGAGUAUUAAAAAAGGUCAGAUUGUGCCUUUCAUAUCCCUCUCUUCUAUUGAGCAGUGGCUUAUUACUUGCAACCCUGGCAUGCACACCAUUGUUGUUCAGUGUUCUCCUGAUGGUGGACUCAUGAACAUGAACAUUAGCCAAUGUGAGAGACCUUUAGUUGUUUAAAAGUUACCUUGGGUUCCUGUCUGACCUCAGAGUAUUACACGUCUUGCUCUUGGAGUGAUCUUGGUUGGCCAACCGCUCCUGGGGAGAGUAACAAUAGUCUUUAAUGGUCUUCACAACACACGUUUGUGUUGUGAAGAUCAGACUUUGAUAGACCCUUGUUCAAAUAAAACAUCACGCUUACUCACACCUGAUUGUUACAACAUGCCACUGAGUGAAAACACCUGACUCUAAUUUCACUUUCAAAUUAACUGCUAAUCCUAGAGGUUCACAUACUUUUGCCACUCACAGAUAUGUAAUAUUGGACCAUUUUCCUCAAUAAAUAAAUGAUCAAGUAUUAUAUUUUUUGUCUCGUUUGUUUAAUUGGGUUCUUGUCUACUUUUAGGACUUGCGUGAAAAUCUGAUGCUGUUUUAGGUCAUAUUUAUGCAGAAAUAUAGAUCAUUCUAAAGGGUUCACAAACUUUCAAGCACCACUGUAGAUGGGGAAAUGUUGAUGGACGGCAAUUUUCAGGUCAUGUCACAGAUUUUCAAUUGGAUUUAAGUGUGAGAUUGGUGUUCCUGUACUGUGCUUUAGGUCAUUAUCCUGUUGGGAUUUAAAAGAUCCUAGACACAGAUUUCUGGCUGAAUGAUCUAGGUUCUCCUCAAGUAUUUGCUUGCUCCAUCCAUGUUGGCCUUUAUGGCAGCAAGCUUUCAGCUACUCCUGCUGAAAAGAGCAUGACACUAUGCCACCAUACUUGAUUGUAGGAAUGGUGUUGACUGUGUGAUGUGUUUUAUUUGGUCCGACCCAAACCUAUGCAGACCAAAUGCCUCAAAAUCUUGUGACUUGUCAUUUGAUUCAUUUAGCACCUCUACUGAUGAAUUAGUGUACUCACCAUGUAUGUGCGUGUGUGUGUGUGUGUGUGUGUGUGUGUGUGUGUGUGUUGCUCCACCAGAUCUCUGUCCACCUGUAUUGAUGCAGGUGUGCUUCUCAGUCCCUACAUUGCCCUCAACACAGAGGAAAGGAGCCAGAAAUUCCGACACAGUAAGCAGGUACAAACGCUUGUAAUCUCUAUUGAGAGGAAAUGAGG